AUGUGCCUUGUUUUGGAGACAGAUGUUGCGGCGUGGUUCAUCAACAAGCGCAAGGUGUACCCUGUCAAGCCUGACCUUGACGACUCCAAGCUCCCGCCAAUCGACAUCCCCAUCAAUGCGCCAGAUCAUGCAGACUGGCGGGACGCAGGUGAACGCCCUCAUCCAGGCGAGCGCAAGGCAAGGAGCUCUGGCAAGAUGCCCGAGGCCACGGGCCAAGGCGACGCGCCAACCGACAAGAGCAUCAAGCGCCUGGCACAGGAGGCAGGCCUGGACACCAAGAAGAAGAAGCUGCUUGUGUUUGACGACGUCGCCCUGACAAACGAGGAUGGCGACGGCGGCUACUCCUACGUCAACGCCAGUCCCGAUGGCCGCCUGCUGGUGGUUGAGUCGUUUGUGUGGGACAUGCACAGGCUGACAUGCAAGCAGCGCGUGCCCAUCACAGCAACCGACAUGGUGUGGACCAAGGACGGCAAGCACCUCAUCGGCCCCUCUUACUCCCCUACUCCCGCGUGA